GGAGGUCAAUUCAUGGCAUUUUUGGGGCAGGGAGGUCAAUUCAUGGCAUUUUUGGGGCAGGGAGGUCAAUUCAUGGCAUUUUUGGGGCAGGGAGGUCAAUUCAUGGCAUUUUUGGGGUCUUUUCCUCUCUCUCCCCCUCCAGGACGCCCUGUACGAGUUCCGCCUGGUGGCCUUGGCUGGCAGCUCCAUCAGCGACCCCAGCAACGCCGUCAACAUCUCCACGGCAGGCAUGGAGGUGUACCCGUCCCGCACGCAGCUGCCGGAGCUGCUGCCGCAGCCGGUGCUGGCCGGGGUCAUCGGCGGCAUCUGCUUCCUCAGCGUGGCCGUCAUCUUCAGCACCACGGCCGCCUGCGUCAUGAACCGCCGGCGCGCCACGCGCGGCCGCAAGCGCCGACAAGACCCGCCGCUCGUGUUCUCCCCCAGCAGGAAGCUGCCACCGCCGCACCCUCCCGGCAGCCCCGCGAAGCUGAAGCCGCAACCCUCGCCGUGCCAGAGCCUGCAGCGGGCGCUGCUUUGGGGCGAGAAGGCGGGCACCAGCCUGGGGCUCAGCAUCGCCGCCGGUGCCCCCUUCCCGGCCUGCCAGAGCCCCCCGGGCCCGGAGCUGCUGCCCCUCGAGCGGAUCCGCCGCGGCCCCGAUGGUCGCUUCGUGCUGGAGAGAGACCCCUCCCCUCAACCCGCGGAGGAGCCCCCUGAGGAGGAGGAUGAUGAGGAUGAUGAGGAGGAGGAGGAGCCCGUGUGGCGCAGGGGGGUCUCGCUGCGCCCCCACCCCACGGGGCAGCCCCGCCGAGCCGGCGACCACCGGCACGGGCGUUAUUUCGGCUACGGGGGGAGCAACAACAGCAGCAGCCCCGUGGUUGAGGAGGGGGCCGGCUCCUUGUGCAUCAUCGACGUGAGCCCUGUGCCCACCACCACCAGCACCACCACCAGCACCACCAUCCUGCCUUACAGCCCCGCCCGGGAGCCCCCCGAGCCCCCCCCGGCCAUCAGCGGGAUCCUGCAGUACCUCAGCCUGCCCUUCUUCAAGGAGAUGUGCGUGGACGGCGAGUGGCCCCCCCAGGACGAGGAGGAGGAGGACGAGGAGGAAGAGCCCGGGGACCCCCCCCCGCCCGCGCCGUGCCCGGACUGCAUCGACACGAGUGCCAACGCCCCCUCCACCACCACCCUCCUGCAGCCCCCUGCUGCCCGGACCCUCAAGGCGUCGCUGCCCGGCUCGCCCGCCUGGCCCCUGCUGCGCCCCCCUCGGACUGAGCCCCCUCCCCCCGAGAAGGUGCCUCGGGGCAGCCUGACCAGCCAGAGCAGCGGCCGAGGCAGCGGAUCCUUCCUGAGACCCCCCUCGCUCGCCCCGGCCCUGGGGGGCACCUUCCUGGGCAUGGCCAAGAGGAGAAACCCCUCCGUGGACGAGAAUUAGUGGGACGCGGAGUUCUCUCUCGAGUCGGAGCUGCUGGAGGAGCUGCAGCUUUACCGGGGCGACCCCGCCCUGCCCGCGACCCCCGCCCUGCCCGCGACCCCCGCCCGGCCCGGCUCCUCCUCCUCCUCCUCCUCCUCCACCAUCACCACCAUCACCACCAUCACCAGCACCCCCACCCCCUGCGGGACCUCCAACCGCCCCCUCCCAGCCCCCGUGAGGUCGCUGUCGGCGUUGGGACGCCCCUCCUCCUCCUCCUCCUCCCCACAGAGCGACCCCCGAGGGGCUCAGGCGCGAGGAGGGUCCAGUCUCAGGUGGGCGCCCAGUCUCAGUGCCUCCCAGGGUCUCAGUGCCCCCCCCGGGGGUGUCCCGGUGCCCCUCCCCGGGGCUCGGUGCCAGCUCCGGUCCCGCCCCGGGGGAGGGCGGUGCCGGGCGGUGCCGGGGCCGCCCCCGCCCGCGGUGACAUCAGCCCUGAAAAGGGCGCGGGCGGCGGCGACAUCCGGCACUGCCACCCCGGGGACAGCGACACCGGCGCCUCAGGUAGGGCACGAACCCCCCCGGGCAACCGGGCACGACCCCACGUCAACCGGGCACGACCCCGGCCACCGGCACGACCCCGGGCACCGGGCACGACCCCCAGCAACCGGGCACGACCCCGGGGCACCGACACUGGCACGACCCCCCGGCAACCGGGCACGACCCCCCGGGCACGACCCCCGGCAACCGGGCACGACCCCGGGCACGACCCCGGGGCACCGGCACCGGGCACGACGCCCGGGGCACCGGCACCGGGCACGACCCCCCUGGCAACCGGGCACGACCCCGGGCACGACCCCCGGGCACUGGCACCGGCACGACCCCUGGUAA